AUGCCCGUCCAGUCCAAGCCCAUCCCCGCCCUCUACACGGUGUACAUCCUCCGUUCCACCGUACGCCACGCGUCUCUCUACAUCGGCUCGACGCCCAACCCCCCGCGCCGUCUGAAGCAGCACAAUGGCGAGGCCCGCGGCGGCGCUGUUCGCACUUCUCGUCUAAGCCUACGGCCCUGGGAGAUGGUGGGGCUGGUAUCCGGCUUCCCGGGCAUGGUUGCUGCUCUAAAGUUUGAAUGGGCGUUGACGAACCCACAUUUGUCUCUGCAUAUACCCUCCACGUCUCGCAUCACCGUCUCAAACGGAGUAAAGAAGAAUGGACGUCCCCGCCGACCUCGUGCUAGCCUCUCCUCGAUAUUGUCCAAUCUACAGCUCCUGCUAGGAGUACCGAGCUUCCGUCGGUGGCCGCUUACACUACACUUCUUUGCAAAGGAUGUACACAAAGCAUGGGUUUCCUCCUCUACCAAGUCAACCGAGCCUCUGCGAAACACCCUCAACAUAGUCACCGACUUCGGCCCCGACCCCGCCGCAUCUUCAGACGACGUCGCUUGGGGCAUCCAUGCCUUGCCUGUGGACUACACGCACAUGAAGCCAUACAUUGAAAAAGCACAGUCCAUCAUCGCCUUUGAAAGAGAGGGCAGCUGUGUAGUCUGCAAAGAGGCACUACCUCACGGUCAGGGAUUACACGCCGUGUGUCCAAACGAGUCCUGUGAGGCUGUUGGGCAUCUUUCAUGCUGGAGUCGUCAUAUGCUCCACCAUGAAGAGGAUCGAGAAGUGGUCGUCCCUAUUCAGGGCCGUUGCCCACAAUGUGGGGGCCACAUUCAGUGGGUCGAUAUGAUGAAAGAAUUGUCACUACGUGAAAGGGGUGCGAAAGAAGUCGAGGCUCUUUUGAAAGUGAAGAAGAGGCGAACGAAGACUUGA